UAGUCCGGCAAAGUUCACUUUAAACGCCGUAUUCGAGGAUAUAAGCAUGGCUAAUAUACGUAUAAUGCUUUUAUACGAUUUAGAGUGAGUUUUACGGGAGCGUUUCAGGCGGAAGAAGUCAUUCCGCGGGACGGCUUUUGACAGCGGUGCGAGCCACAUUAUUGGAACGUGUCGUCUAUCGUCGUUUCCUUAGCCGCCAUUAUUGUGUGAAAGAGAUCCUAUGGAGUGAUAGUGGUUGAUCUGGUGGUUUUAAAGUGUUUUAAAUCCAUCGCGUUGGAUUGAUAUCAAUCCAGGAGUGUUAUCAAAAAUGGAUAUAUGAUGUCCACGCAUUCGCAGACGAACGGGGCAAGCUUAGAGGAUUGCCACACCAAUUUCUUUGCCCUGGUGAGACCUGACUUGUGCGGGAUCAAAUGGCGAGUCUACGUGUGGGACAACCCUGGCGGAAACGGCGUCGGGGGCGGCUGCGACGUCGGAGGAGGAGGGCCAGGUGACCCUCUGGAGGACCCCGUCCUAGUGUCCUACGCCAGGAUGAUGGCCGCUGACGUGCUGUGCGUUUGGCGUCGCACGUGGCGCGGGCCCUCCCACGACCCCUCCGGCGCCAACCACCCUCACCAUCACCAUCACAACCCCCACCAUCCCCAUCACCAUCACGGUCACCAUCCCCAUCACCAGCAGCCGUACGGCGGCGGCGGCGGCCAUCACCACCAUCCCCACCACCCUCACCACCCGCAGCAUCACCAGCAGCAGCAGCAGCCCCCUCCGCAUUUCCAACACAAUCACCGACACUCCCUCAAGCACUCGCCGAAGGAACUCUGGGUCUUCUGGUAUGGCGACGACCCCGACCUCAACCUGCUGGCUCCGGAGCUCCUCAAGAAAAAGGAGAUCAGAGGUUCCUGGGACUGGGAAACUGGGUUGUCUUACGAAUGUCGAACUCUUCUCUUCAAGGCUCUGCAUAAUCUCAUUGAAAGAUGUCUCCUUACUAGAGAUUUUGUAAGGCUCGGCCGAUGGUUUGUGCAACCAUAUGAAGGUCCUGAAGGCGUUCCAGGCAAUGGGAGUACCCACUUGUCGUUCAGCCUGUCAUUUUUCGUGCAUGGGGAAAGCCGAGUUUGUGCCAGUGUUGAUGUUCGUCAGCAUCCUGCAGUACGAAAGCUCUCUCGAAAGCACCUAUUACUUGCCCAACAAACAAACCAUGGCAUACCAGUGAUAUUAGGUCCAUAUGGGUUGAGUGGUACUUUAACUGGUGUGAGCUACCGCGUCUCCGAACCGUCUACCCAGAAGCUCUUAGAUGAGUGGAAAAUGUUCUUUCCUGUUGAAACCAAAGCCCUUCUCACAGACUCUCCAUCUUGCGAGUCUACACUUCCUGCUGCAGUUGAGGUUAUUGUAGGUGGUCACAAAAUGCGGUAUCCCACAAGCUACGUUCUGGUAACUGAUAUGGAUGACUAUUUACUGACCAGUCGAGGCAAUGCAGGGGCCCUAGUAGUAAAUCAACCUAGCCCUACUUCCCCAGGAGGCCUAAAAGGAGGCUUGACCAAUGAAAGUGGUGGGGAGUCUGAUGGAACUCCAGUUCCCACCAAUAAUUCACCCUUCACUGCCUCUACCCAUAAUUUACUAGACCCUGGAUAUUUGAGUUCUGGUGGACGGGGACUUGGCUGGUCUCGUGGAAUGUGUGAACGCGUGUGGCAGGAUAUUGUCCAGUGCCCAGGUCAGCAAGAUGGACUUACACCAGAUGCAACAGCAACUCCAGCAGAAAUAGCAGGACAGUGGGACUUCUCAGAUCCAGCAACUAAAAUUAGCUGCUCCUGUUCCAAGUGCAGAAGGGGUCGGGUCAGUAGUAAAGGGUGUAGCAGCAGUAAGUGCCGGGGAGAGAGAAGUGGUGGGGGAGGAGGCGGGCGACAGCGGGGGGCCAGCUCCGGGACUGGAUGUACACCCUUCCACAAGCGGUCCCCCCCAGCCCCUCUGCCCACCAGUGACCCUGAUGAGGCAGUCUUGGAGCACUGUGGUGUGGCAGCCAUCGACGAUUCGGAACUAAUCCAGGCCUCUGCCAGGCUAGGUGGUGUGGGAACACCUAGUGGUGGUAGUGGAACAGGUGGUUUUGCUGGUUACAAAAGUGGUGGAGUGGCCACUCCAGGUAGUGUACCAAGUUUAAGAUGCACGGGAGUGACAGAUGGCCCACCCCCUUCUGUUGAAUCUCCUGCCUCGGUCACGCCAUCACCUCUUCCUACCCCUCAUUCACAGCCCUCUUCUGUGCCUCAUCAUGAUCCUACCAUGCCAACACUAAGCCCCCAUCCACCACCUUCCAAUACAUCAAUUGGUGACCCAUCGACUCCAGCUGCAUUAGAUUCUAUGGAUGUAAAACCUAACAUAUCUGAUCUAAUGGGUCCCAAAUCUGAGUCUUCUAUAAACCAGGGCAUGUCUCCAUUUCCUGGUGGGGAAAGAGGCAAUGAUGCAGAGUCAAGUGAAAACAGUUGUAGCCUUGGAGGAAAUGGCAGCGGCAGUAGCAGCAGCAGCAGUGGCGGAGGUGGUGGCGGCGGUGGUGGUGGUGGAGGUGGUGGUGGGGUGGGCAGUGGGGGCAGUGGUUCUGGUAGCAAUGACGAAAGCAGUGGGAUUCUUACGAGAGGUUUGAAGAGACCCUCUUUGCCCAGUGAAGAUUACCACUCUUUCUUGGAGUUUGAGAACACCAGUUCCGUCCUGUAUGACUAUACAAAAUUAAAUGCAUGGUUACACCACCCAGUUAAGAAGUUCAAGCCAGCAGAACCAAAGAAAGAGGAGCCACUAUGGCCUCCAUAUCGACCUGCCCACAUUCAAGAGCACAUGAAGGAGCUUCACAGGACUGAAGUCAGUCACGAGAUUCCUGAAAUGAAUGGCUUACCUCCUAAGCGUGUUGGCGGCAUAAAGAGACAAGCUGAUCCUUACGACUUUGAAGAUGAUGUUUCUGGGGCAACCCUGGAGACUUUCAAACGGAAGGAAGGCAUAGAAAAAGAGGAAGCCAAGACUCCUGGAAGUGUGCGAUCCUCUCAUGAUCCUCAUUCCCUUUCACAACCAAAGAAGACUGGUUAUAUGUACACUAGUGAUGGUGUUCAACCAUUUGAUGGAGUUCCAGACAACAUCUUUGACUCGGAUUCCCCUGAUGACCCUACAUUCCCUGAUCACACGCCGCCAGGUUCAAAUAAGCCUCUUGGUGGCCCAGAAGAUACUGCAAGUGUAAUGAGUAAUAGUAAGAACUGUAGUGGUGGUAAUAACAAGUCCAGUGCAAAUAAUGGAUUGGUAGAAUUAAGUAAAAUGUUUCCAACGCCUCCCUCACAUGAACACAAUCCUGAUCAUGAUACUGCCCUAGAGGAAAGUGCACCUCAGAUAAUCAGUAUUAAACAGGAACGGAUAGAAGAUUUACGCCCUUUGCAUACAGUUGAACCAGCAGGUAUAAUGAUAAAAGAAGAGCCUAAAGAAACUCUAGCAGUGUAUCGUCCUCCUUCGGUGUGUAUGUUUGUUGGAUCGUCAAAAUAUGCUCCGCUUACGAACCUUCCAAGUCAAGAGUGUAAAACUAUAGUUACUCUUCCAUCAGACUGGGCAUACAAGCCAUCUUGGCAGUACUCUGUUGCUGACAAGACUCACGCAUCUGUUCCAGCCAUGAACCAUAUGGGCAAUAUUCAUAUGGGCCCAACCACAGCAGGUCAUAGUCAGAGGGUUGGGAUGUCCCCAAUAUCGCCCAUGGCCUCGAGCAUAGGAGGACCCGUGUCUGAAGGUGGGCCGGGGUCUCAGCGUGGUCCUGGUAGUGUUGGGGGCCCAGCCUCGGCGGGUCCACCAAUGAACUAUGACUUAACCUCACCGGCAUCUAAUCAGUCAUCAUACCUCAGUAAGACACUGCCGUCAGUGGAGCCUCCUAGUUUAGGGCUCACUCAAGUACCUGAAGCAAAUUCCCUCAUUGUUAAUAUUGCAUUACAAGAUUCUAGUGUUAACUUAUUUAGAGACCACAAUUUUGACUCGUGCACAAUGUGCGUGUGUAAUAAUAGUGCGAAAAAUGUAGGCAACAUCCGUGGCAAUGAUGGUACCCUCUAUCUACCACCUACACAUUUAAGUGUAGAAGAGGAAAGUAUCAAGUGUAAUUGUGGUUUCUCUGCAGUGGUAAAUAGAAGGCUGGCCUUUCAGGCUGGUCUGUUUUAUGAAGAUGAAGUGGAUCUUACUGGCCUCCAUGAGGCUCUUGCAACAGAAAGGAAGAAACACUCCCUACUCUUGCUGAUGGAUAGUAAAAAUACAGACAAUCCUGAACGUGAAACCAGUAUUCUAGAUGUACCUCAAUCGAUGUUUCAGUUAUUGCAGAGUCAGUGCUUAGUAACGUUAAGUACUCCUAGUAGUGUUAUUUAUAGAUCAACAACACUGUACCAAAAUACCAGACGAGAUAUUCACUUAAAUUUGGUAGAUUAUAAGGAUGGAAAUGAAAUUGCAUGUAUUGCUGUGGAACAGUCAAGGGGGACAAGCAUUAGUGAUAGUGAAAGUGCUGCUCCUACAAUGAGACAGCAAUAUAUGCACAAAUGGUGCUAUUACCAGUUUGAUGGUCCAACGUGUUCUAAAGACAUAGUCCGGUGUAUGAAGGCUCUUCAACCUCAUUUACAGGAGGCAAUACAAAAGAAGGGAAGGAGAGUGAAUUGGGAGCCUGUGUUUAGUGUGGAUGGUCCUCUCACCUGGAGACAGUUUCAUCGAAUGGCUGUCCGUGGCACAGAGGACAUGGCAGAGCCUCUUCCUAUUCCCAUGUUGUUAACGGGUCAUGAUAGGGACUGGCUGACUAUAGCACCCCAGUCAAUCAGACACUGGGAAAAACUACUACUAGAACCUUAUUCUCAGCAGCGGAAUGUGGCUUACGUCGUUGUAGCUCCAGAUAACGAGUUCAUUCUAACCCAUGUUCGCACAUUCUUCAAAGAGUUGUCAUCUAUAUAUGAGUUGUGUAAACUGGGCCGACAUGCUCCUAUCCAGAGAGUGUUAAGAAAUGGUAUCAUGCGGAUAAGCAAGACAGCAGCUUCGAAGGUUGCCAAUGAGCCCUUGGAGGAUUGGUUCUCUCUCCUGGGAGAUACUCACAUGUCCACAAAGCUCAAAGUUUAUGCCCAAGUUUGUAGACACUGGUUAGCUCCUCAUUUAGCAACUUUAAGUAUGGACAAGAGUUUGUUUGAAGCGCAUGCAACUAAUAGAGGUACUGAAAGACAAGCUCCCUCCCCCAUGCCACCUCCAUCAUCAGAAAAUAUGACCUCUACAAACCCUUCUACAACACCAACACACAAUGGUUCAGAACCUGAGACUUGUACAAGUUCGUCAACAGGUCCCAGUAAUUCUCAAAGUGGUGCUCCUAUGGGUGCUGGUGCAAGCCUUAAUGAAGUUGAAGAAGAUGAUUCUCCACCACCAGCUCUGCUCAUUUACUUGGUGGAUCCAUUUAGUGUAGGCCAAGAGCAUCCUGAUAUGCAUCGGCUUGUAACCCUUGGGUUACUUCGUUGCUAUGAACACAUGCUGGAAGGACUCUCAGAGAGUAUGCAGCAGAAUGUCUACCUUCAAAUUUUAUCUUUAGAAAGUAUUUUAGAACUUGCUAGUGACUCUCACGACCGUUCACGGCAUAUUGACCAGUUGAAGUCUUUGGCAUUCUCUGUAUUCAUGCAGUGCAGAAGAUUGCUCACCCACAACCCUGUCGUUAAAUCCUUAACGGGUUUUGGACCAGCAUCUGUGUAUGAUGAAUUUUUGAAGCCCAAAGAUUCUGCAUCGGAAGAGAAACGUUUAGCACCGUACCAUAUCUUCUCUCCUGCUUAUAUCUUGGCUCCUAUCAAAGAGAGCCGUGGUACUAGUAAAGAGGCACAGGAAGCGCUGGGUGAGCCUCGAGAAAAGUCAACAAUUCUUAAUUGUACUUACUGCUUGUCUGAAGAUCAAAGAUGGUUGUUAGCUGCUGCCACUGAUGAAUUAGGGGAAAUCUUAGAGACUGUUACCAUCAGUAUUGAAAUUCCCAAUAGAACUAGAAGAAAGAAGGCGUCUGCUCGUCGGUACGCACUGAAAAAAUUGAUGGACUGGAUACUUAGUGUAAUGUCUAUAGGUGUUCACCCAUGGCGGUUAGUUGUGGGUAGAUUGGGCAGAAUGGGUCAUGGAGAGCUGAAAGGCUGGUCGUCAUUGUUGUCUAAAAAGUCGUUAAUUCAGGCUUCUAAAAACUUGAAGGAAAUGUGUAAGCAGUGUGCAUACCUUUUCCCUGAGGAUGCUCCAUGCAUCCUGUCAGCCUGUUUGGUAUCCAUGGAACCAGAUUCAUCGUUCCGUAUGAUGCCAGAUAUGUUCACUCCAGAUGAAAGGUUUGGGCAGAAUAGCCAAAAUUGUUCCCUAUCUACCCCUCAAGAUCUAACCUGUACUCAUAUUUUGGUCUUCCCAACUUCUGCUACAGCUCAGUGUGCCCAACAGAGAUUCCAAGAUGAACAAGAUGAUGAACAAGGCUUUCCUCACUGUGGAGAUCUGUUGUUGGGUGAUGAAGGUUUAGAUGACGAUAUUGAUGGGGGUAUUGGGGAGAUCAGUAUUGGAAUGGGCCUUAAUAUUAAUGAUAUACUAGGUAUAGAUGGACCAAAUCAAGAUGAUCAGAUGGAAGACGGUAAUGGACAACGAGAUUCUCUUUCUCAGCCUGGAAGCCCAACAAAUAGUGGGACAGGUCGAACAAGUCCUUCUCAGUUCUCUGGACAAGCCCGCAGUAAUGGUGUAGUUCUUGUUGAUCCCCAGGAAGAUUCUGGUGGCUCUGUGUUACAGCAGCCUCUUGCACUCGGAUACUAUGUGUCCACAGCAUCAACAGGAAGGCUUCCGAGGUGGUUUUGGUCAUCUUGUCCCCAUUUGGAAUCAUCUUGCCCAGUAUUUCUAAAGUCAGCUCUGCAUCUUCAUUCUCCUGGAGUCACUCAGCCAGAAGAAAUUCUUCAUACACACAACAAAGUCCACCCACUGGAUUCGUCAUUUACUACUGAUGUUCUAAGAUACGUCCUUGAGGGGUACAAUGGCUUGUCAUGGCUGGUAUUGGAUCCUGCAAAACAAGACAGAAGAUCGUGCUUACCACUGCACAUGCAAGUUUUAUCACACUUGUACAAUGUAAUGGCAGCCCUUGUGUGAACACACCCUUACUGUACAGGCAGUCCCCGGUUAACGGCGGGGGGUUCCGUUCCUGGCCGAGCGCCGCCAACUGAAAAUCAGCGGCAAUAUUACUAAUAAACCCACUUAACGGCGCCGUUAACCGUUAAUGACAUCGCUAAACAAGCCGCCGUACACUGGAUUGCCGUUAACCGAUGCCACCGGUAAACGGGGACUGACUGUACUGUAAACAUUUUCUGAUGUACUUGCUCUGCUGCAACAUAAUGGCUGUAAAAAAAGAAAGUUGUACAUUUGAUAGGAAUUUUUAUACAGUAGUACUGAUAUGCAAAAGUUGUGUGACCAAAAUCGAGAGAAUCUCUCUUUUUAUUUUUAAAAUUUGAUUUUUCUUAGUGUUUUAUAUGAAUUUUUUUUCUUUUAAAAAAGACAAGUGAAAAACUGUAAAUAGCCAAAACAUAUUCAAGCGACAACAUUAUGUAGCAAAUAAGUUAGUGCCUGGGUGGACAACUAGAAUGAAAUUCCAUGGUAUUGCCGAGUGACUUGGAUAAAAAACUUGUAAAGAUUUUAAAAAAAUAUAAAAAAAUGUUAAAAAAAAAACAAAAAUAAUAAAAGAAUGAGUUGGUAGAUACUAUUUGAACGAGAAGUUGCUUGAAAUGGCUCAAAAUGAGCAUGUUGGCGGGCUUUGACGGCAAAGCAUAAUGUGUAAUGCUCAAAGGAAGGCUUUACCUCACACAGAGUACAUUAUCUCAAAGAUAAACGUACAUGGGUCGGUUUAAAAAAAAAAAAAAGGUCCACCACAUUUCAAUCAAAAGUGUCCUGCCUUAUGAUAGUGGACAAAAUUUUUGGGGUGGAAAGUUGCACAACAUUGGGAAUGUUGUCCUUUUUUUUAUUUUAUUUUAUUUUUUUAUUACAGUGCUCAUAUUUUGUUAUCAUCUGGAGUGUGAGUUACCAACCAGAGCAAAUGAAGUAUUGGAGUAAAGGACUGUGAAAAAAAUAAUGCUUAGUGAAUGGAACACUGGUAUUGUUGGGUGGACAAAGUAAACCAGUGUAUUGUUAGUGACUAGUAUCCAAGCAGGAUUGUCUGUGAUAAAACGAGUUACAGAUUUAAAUGUACUUCAUAAUUGGAUAUAUAUAUAUAUACAUAUAGAUAUAUAUAUACUGUAUGCCUUUUUAUUAUUAACACUUUUUCAGCACAGAAUGGUGCUGAUCACUUCAAAUAAUGUAAAUAAGCAGUGGUAUUGUACAAGCUAGGUUGGUUAAGUUACAUUUGCCCUGAUAUGCUAUUGCCCUGAGGCUAUCAGUUAUGUACAGUAAAUAUAAUUGUACAAGCAUGUGUACAAGAUGCCUCCUACACCUGUAGCCAAAUUGUAAAUAAAAAUAAUGUUGUGGCAGGUGUGAGAGUCGGAGCUGAGUGACGAGGCAUUAGCAUGCCAGAGGCAUGCGUGGCCUUCCACCAUCCCUGCCCCCCCUAGAACCUCUUCCCCUCCCUCCCCCACUGCUGCUCUCAUGUACAGAACGGUUAUGUGUACAGGAGACACAAGUUUUACACCUCCCAACUGUUUAUACAAGUUAAGUAUUCCUCCCCCGAUGCAGCCACCUCUUUUUAUCUUGAUGCAAAUGGAGGGGUUGUGAUGUAAAAUAUUUGUCAGUAAAUUCUAUUGUUUAUUUUGAGACUAACUAUAAAAAUAUAAAAACCAUGUAGUCUUUAAGGUUAGAUAGUUUAAAGAAAAGUAUUUUACAAAGGAAACAUUUGUACAAGGAGUGUAUUUUAAAAAUGGUAAGCAAGUGGAAGAUGACGACAGUAACCUUCCAUGGCUAGUAUUGGCUUCACUCGUCCCAAGCCCUAAAUGAAAUGGUUGGUUAUAGGCUUCAAGUGAUCUCUUCCUACCUUAGUACUUUACAACUGCACUUAAGAGUAAUGGUGCAUGGGUUACCCUUUUUGAAAUUGCAGAUAUCAUAUUGGUCUAAUGCCUUAAAAGAGGAAGAAGCAACGUGAUAUGAAUUUUCAUUUGCACCAGUACUUUGCAGCCAAAGAUAUUAGAAGAGAUUUAUUUUGCCUGUAGCUGUCAUGAUAUGGCUGAGGGGGACGCACGAGUAUGUGAAGACAAAUAAUGCACUUUUAUGCAUUCAUCAUCUAAGGUUGGGACAGCCUUACGCCAGCCAGGGUGUGUGUGGAGCAAUAUUUAUGUGCGACUUGUUCAUUCUGACCUGCUUACUUGUCUACCAAGUGGAAUGUGUGGCAAUUUAGUUUUGUUAAACUUUUAAGGGAAAAUUUUUAAUAGAAUUUUACAUUUUAUAGUAAUACAUGAAUUUUAUUUAUGUAAACAACUGAACUAUGCAGUAUUUGUAGAUGUAUCUGAUUUUGUAUCGAAGUUACAAAUGAGAUGACCCCUUGGAUGGUGAGGAUUAGUAUAUCUUAAUAUUGCAGAUGAUGUUGUUUAAAUUGGUAUUUUAAAUAUAUCCUCCUUUCUAUUUAUGAAUUGACAAUGCAAUAAAAGAUAGAUGCAAUCACAAAGAAUUAACAGAUUAGCUUUUGUGUAGAGUAGACAGUUUACAGGUCUCGAUCUGCCGUGGGUCUAUUGGCAGCUCCCUUCUCUCCUUGCUCAACUGUUGUCCCAUAUUAGGUUUUGUUAUUUAUUUCCACAAUGUUAAGUGCACACUUUUAUCAAAAAUUUUUGAUAAUUUGUAAAUUUUGUGAUGAGAAAUGUUAGUGGUCUCAAAUUAUUUUUUAUACUUAACUGCCCAGUUUUUGCUUCUCAUAAGCCUGGGACCAUAUGUGAGGUAUGAACAUAUUUCAAUGUUUAAUAACAUGACACUAUUUAUAGAUUGAAUUAUUUACUCUUCAUUAGAACCUGCCAUAUCAUGUCCCAUGUUAUACAUGAGGGCAAAACAAUAUUGCCUGUUCCUUAAGGACUGUAAUUAAAUUGUACGUGAUCAUUUUCGUCUUGUGCAUUUUCCCAAUUGAUUCUUCGUUCUUAUGUUUUGGGUAGCUCCAUUAGCCUACUGGCUUUUUGUGUGAUUGCUGCUACUGCAGUGUGUGUGUGUGUGGUUGGUAGCGUAAGGAUUGGUGUGCAAGCGAAUGACUGUGUGGGUGAUUGAUGGGGGAGUGAGCUCCAGCUUACCCCACUGUCAUUAUUAAUUAUUGGUAUAAAAUAAAAUUUUAUGUGUAAACCAAA